CUUUACUUCUCCCUCUGCUCCAUCGCCCUUUCUUCUCCUUCUUCGCGAUGUUGUCUUCUACUAUUUCAACCAUUCUCCCAUCGCCGACGGUCAAUCUGGACAAAGCAUCCAAUCUCACCAGCGGCCUCACGAGUAUCCUCGCAUGCAUCAUUCCCGUCCUUGCAUUUCUGUAUUUUGGGGCUAUAAUCCUGACCUGGGAUUAUUCGAGGCGGAGAGAGGUCGCCAUCGAGAAGAGGGCGAGCUCUGCUUCGAUGAUUUCGAGAUUCAGAAGGGUUUCUGCGCCAGUCGCAUACGCGUUCACUGUGAUCAUUAGCCUGAUUGUGAUUGCUUUUUCGAGUUGGCUGCUCCUUCGCUAUUCCUUGUUCAACAAUUAUCCAAGCCCCAAAGUUCAGAUCGCACUACGGCUUGUUUCAUUCUCCGCGAGCUGGACGUUCGUUACCUCAGCGCUGCUCACCAUCCUCGUCUUGCAUCCCUCAUGGUGCAAAUACGCUCUCUGCUCGCUCGGGGCACAGACUCUGUGGGCAUGCAUCACAUGCGUAUUAUGGCUCGCUAGCGUGCUCGUGUUCAACCGUGCGACACCCAUCGCCGUGAUAUUCCGGGCUGAGGUGUGCGCGGGGAUCGUGUACUGUCAGCAUCUGCAGACCGUGCUUGUGCUGGCAGUCCUGCAAAUGUCUGGAUUCGCGAUUGGCGUGACGUAUCUGGGUUGGCGUUCGUGGCAAUGCGCCCAGCGCGUGCGACAAUCAUCUGUCCAGCCAGUUUGACCACUGAGUGAUCUGGCAAUGCUUUAUUUAUCUAACUAUGUAUCUUCCUUUGAGCUUCAAGCUGCUCGAUUUAUCCAACUAGGCCGCCGGGGAGUUUGAA